AUGGAAUCGGCCGAUGUCUUUCCACACAAUGAAAGAGAGAAUUCCAGACCUCAAGGUUCAACGAACUCAAAGCUCAAACAAGGGACAGCCGUUGCUGAGUUUAACUUUGGCCAAGAAUCGAAGCCGUUGCUGAGUUUAGACUACGUACCGGACGGAUUGCCUGGCAAAACACCUUCAAAGAUUGGGAGUAUACAGUCAAGGUGCAACGAACUUAAAGCUCGAACAAAGGAGACGUGGACAGGUUCAACGAACUCAAAGCUCGAACAAAGGAGAAACAGUCAGUUGGCACUCUCCGAUAUAACCGACUGGCCAGGAAUCGAAGCCGUUGCUAGAAGCUCGAACAAAGGAGAAACAGUGGACAGUGGCACUCUCAACAUACCCGACUGGCGCCGACUGGCCAAGAAUCGAAGCCGUUGCUGA